AUGUCUGCAGUCUACGCACCUAAUCCGCCGGCACGACCUGCUCGUCGGUCGACGGCACCGACAGCCCCCAAACUUCGGGAUACUUGCGAUGCCUGCGCUGCGUCCAAGGUCAAGUGCAACAAAGAGAAACCAACCUGCGCUCGAUGUGCAAAACGGGGUGUUGUAUGUGAAUACGUUGUUACUAAACGAUCCGGGCGCAAACAUGAGCGUCGACAAAGUGAUGCUAGAACGACCCCCCAGGCUAGCUCGUCCUCUACCACAAACACCUUGAGUCAGCUCGCGGACUUUCAGCCACCCCCAAGGCUAAGGGUUAUUGGUGAUGAUUUAGACAAUUCGCCCAAUAUGCUCUCGUCCGGAGACCAAACCUUACUGUGGAUUCCCAACGAUCUGAGCCCGGAAUUCAAUGAAUUAUUCAAUUUCCCAAUAACUUCCCAAACUACAGAAGGCCCCAAAUCAAGCCAAGCUCUCCAUUACUCGCAGAUUGGCACCGAGGGAAUUAAUAUUCCGCCGAAUUCGGAUGGCACAGCGACAAUUAAUCCCAACCACGUGCCCGUGACCAUGGACGACGUUUCAGAGUCCCCAGCCCUCUCUAUUCCUCGAUCAUUAUCCGAAAGUCGGUCUACAGGCCUAAAUGAUGCUCUCACUUUCGAAGACCCCCGCUCAGAUGCAUCGUGCUGUUGUCUGCUUCAGGCUCUCGACCUCCUGAAACGGUCUUUACGGAUCUCGCCAACGCUCUGCAUGUGUUCGAGGGGGCAGGAAUCUAGUCCUUCGAAUCACCAGCUUCGAACGGUUCAAUCAGUAUUUGAGGAGAAUGAGGAAGCCAUUUCAACGAUCACCAAUAUGCUCCAGUGUCCAUGCUCGCGCGAUGGCUAUCUAUUAGCAAUUGUGGAGCUUACCGUGUUUAAAAUAUUGGGCUUGUAUGCCGCAGCUGCCAAACCAACAUCAGAGGAGGAGUUGACGGAUGAGAUCCAGAAACGUUGUUCGCCAUCGUGUCACUUUGAGCGGGUGGUUCAACGUCCAGAUAUUGGCAACAGCUAUUACCUUGGUGAUGGGGAUCAUGGCCGCAUAAUUGCCCAGCAGGUGCUCAGCAAAUUAUACCACGUGCAGACGUUAGUGUCCGAGCUGUCAAGUCGACUCAAAGCCGUCAAUAGCCAUGACGAAAUACACGCAGUGGAGUUUUUUUCACCCUUCUCACCUGCAAUGUUAAACCAAUUAGACAUAAAUUUACGCACACGCCUUCGCGCUUUGUAUUUAGAGAUAGUGGAUCUUGCGACGAGGAUAGUAUCUUAG